AUUUAUCAACCGAGAGGUAGAGGCACGAAGAGAGAGGAGUCAGUGGGCGCGCGUUCUGUCAGUUCCUAGUUCGCCCACGACAGACCUCAGCUGGUUGGCAGCGCCACGGAGAAGUUUUUCGUUUCGCCACCACGUCCGCAGCAACCAUGUCGGACGCAGACAAAUUCUUAUACGUGGACCGCGACCUGGUCAAUAACCCUCUGGCACAGGCUGAUUGGGCCAGCAAGAAGCUGGUAUGGGUCCCAUCGGAGCGGUCUGGGUUCGAGGCAGGUUCCCUCAAAGAGGAGAGCGGUGACGAGUGCCUAGUGGAGCUUGUAGACUCUGGCAAAAAGAUCAAGGUCAACAAAGAUGACAUCCAGAAGAUGAAUCCACCCAAGUUCAGCAAGGUGGAGGACAUGGCAGAGCUCACAUGCCUGAAUGAGGCAUCUGUGCUGCACAACCUGAAAGAGCGAUAUUACUCAGGCCUCAUCUAUACAUACUCUGGGCUCUUCUGUGUGGUGAUCAACCCCUACAAGAACCUGCCCAUCUACUCAGAAGAGAUCGUGGAGAUGUACAAGGGCAAAAAGAGACAUGAAAUGCCGCCGCACAUUUAUGCCAUCACUGACACAGCUUACCGGAGUAUGAUGCAAGAUCGUGAGGACCAGUCCAUUCUUUGCACAGGGGAAUCUGGCGCCGGGAAGACGGAAAACACCAAGAAGGUGAUUCAGUACUUGGCUCAUGUGGCGUCAGCCUUCAAGACAAAGAAAGACCAGAGCAGCACAGUCCUGUCACAUGGUGAGCUGGAGAAGCAGCUGCUGCAGGCUAAUCCCAUGCUGGAGGCUUUCGGCAAUGCCAAGACAGUCAAGAACGACAACUCGUCACGCUUUGGGAAAUUCAUAAGAAUCAACUUUGAUGUCAACGGAUACAUCGUGGGCGCAAACAUUGAAACCUAUCUGCUGGAGAAAUCACGUGCCAUUCGUCAGGCAAAAAAUGAACGGACAUUCCACAUUUUCUACUACAUGUUGACUGGAGCUGGGGAUAAGAUGCGCUCUGAGCUGUGCCUGGAGAAUUACAGUAACUACCGCUUCCUCUCCAAUGGCAACUUGACUAUCCCUGGCCAGCAGGAUAAGGACCUCUUUAUUGAAACCAUGGAAGCUAUGAAGAUCAUGAGCAUUCCAGAGGAAGAGCAGAUAGGACUUCUGAAAGUAGUGUCUGCUGUGCUCCAGCUGGGGAACAUGAUCUUCAAGAGGGAGCGCCAGUCUGACCAGGCUAGUCUGCCUGAUGACACAGCUGCUCAGAAGGUGUGCCAUUUAAUGGGCAUGAAUGUGACAGACUUCACCCGUGCCAUCUUGACCCCCCGCAUCAAAGUGGGCCGUGACUAUGUACAGAAGGCACAGACGCAAGAACAGGCUGAGUUUGCAGUGGAAGCCCUGGCUAAGGCCACCUAUGAGCGCAUGUUCCGCUGGUUGGUCAUGCGCAUCAACAAGGCCCUAGAUAAGACCAAGCGUCAGGGGGCAUCCUUCAUCGGCAUCUUAGACAUUGCUGGCUUUGAGAUCUUUGAGCUAAACUCCUUUGAGCAGCUCUGUAUCAACUAUACCAAUGAGAAGCUGCAGCAGCUUUUCAACCACACAAUGUUCGUCCUGGAGCAGGAGGAGUACCAGCGAGAGAGCAUUGAAUGGAGCUUCAUUGACUUUGGCCUUGACCUGCAGCCCUGCAUAGACCUCAUUGAGAAGCCUGCAAAUCCUCCAGGAAUCUUGGCUCUUCUGGAUGAGGAAUGCUGGUUCCCCAAGGCCACUGACAAGAGCUUUGUAGAGAAGGUGGUGCAGGAGCAAGGUUCCCACCCAAAGUUCCAGAAGCCAAAGAAACUUAAAGAUGAUGCUGAUUUUUGCAUCAUUCACUAUGCUGGGAAGGUGGACUAUAAGGCUGAUGAGUGGCUGAUGAAGAACAUGGACCCGCUGAAUGACAAUGUCACUACACUUCUCAACCAGUCUUCUGACAAGUUUGUUUGUGAGCUGUGGAAAGAUGUGGAUCGAAUUGUAGGCCUGGACAAGGUGGCUGGGAUGUCUGAUUCUACACCAGGAGCCUUAAAGACUCGUAAGGGCAUGUUCCGCACAGUAGGCCAACUGUAUAAGGAGUCUCUUGCCAAGCUCAUGACAACGCUGAGGAACACCAACCCCAACUUUGUCCGCUGCAUCAUUCCCAAUCAUGAGAAGAAGGCAGGUAAACUGGACCCCCACUUGGUUCUGGACCAGCUAAGGUGCAAUGGUGUCCUGGAGGGAAUCAGAAUUUGUCGACAGGGUUUCCCCAACCGGGUUGUCUUCCAGGAGUUUAGACAGAGGUAUGAGAUCCUCACUCCCAAUGCCAUUCCCAAGGGGUUCAUGGAUGGCAAGCAGGCCUGUGUGCUUAUGGUCAAAGCUUUGGAACUAGACCCCAAUUUGUACCGCAUUGGUCAGAGCAAGGUCUUCUUCCGUGCUGGAGUGCUAGCUCAUUUAGAGGAAGAAAGGGACAUGAAAAUCACCGACGUAAUCAUUGGCUUCCAGGCCUGGUGCCGAGGCUACGUUGCCCGCAAAGCAUUUGCCAAGAGGCAACAGCAACUGACUGCCAUGCGUGUAAUCCAGAGAAACUGUGCUGCAUACUUGAAACUCAGGAACUGGCAGUGGUGGAGGCUGUUCACAAAGGUGAAGCCGCUACUGCAGGUGAGCCGGCAGGAAGAGGAGAUGCAGGCCAAGGAUGAAGAGUUGACCAAGGUCAAGGAGAAGCAGGAACAGGUUGAGCAGCAGCUACUAGAGUUUAAGACCAAACAUGAGCAGCUGAGUGCAGAGAAGCAGACACUGCAAGAGCAACUACAGGCAGAAACAGAGCUGUUUGCAGAGACAGAAGAGAUGCGUGCACGCUUGGCAGCCAAGAAACAGGAGCUGGAGGAGAUCCUGCAUGACCUUGAGGCCCGUGUGGAGGAAGAGGAAGAACGAGUUGUCCAGCUACAGAAUGAAAAGAAGAAAAUGCAGCAAAAUAUCACGGACCUGGAGCAGCAGCUUGAUGAGGAGGAGGCUGCCAGACAAAAGCUUCAGCUAGAGAAAGUCACUAUGGAGGCAAAGGUCAAAAAGAUAGAAGAGGAUGUCAUGGUGCUGGAUGAUCAGAAUAGCAAACUUGGAAAGGAAAAGAAGCUUCUGGAGGAAAGGAUUGCUGAAUUCACCACCAACCUAACUGAAGAGGAAGAGAAGUCCAAAAGCCUGCAAAAGCUCAAGAACAAACACGAGGCCAUGAUCACAGACCUGGAAGAACGCCUGCGCAAGGAAGAAAAGCUACGACAGGAACUGGAGAAGAAUCGCCGUAAGCUGGAAGGUGACUCCACUGAGCUGCAUGAUCAAAUCGCUGAGCUUCAGGCUCAGAUAGCAGAGCUGCGGGCCCAGCUGGCCAAAAAGGAAGAGGAACUACAAAUUGCAUUGGCCAGGAUUGAGGAGGAAGCAGCCCAGAAAAACCUUGCACAGAAAAAGAUCCGUGAACUGGAGGCACAACUCUCGGAGCUCCAGGAGGACCUGGAACUGGAGAGAGCAGCACGUGCUAAGGCUGAGAAGCACCGCAGGGACCUAGGGGAGGAGCUGGAGGCACUGAAGACAGAGUUGGAGGACACACUGGAUUCCACUGCUGCUCAGCAGGAACUUAGAGCCAAACGUGAGACAGAGGUAACACAACUGAAGAAGACCUUGGAAGAAGAAGCCAAACUCCAUGAGCAGCAGGUGGCCGAGAUGCGACAGAAACAGAGUCAGGCUUUUGAUGAGCUCAACGAGCAGCUGGAACAGGCCAAGAGGAACAAGGCAUCGAUGGAGAAGGCAAAACAAGCUCUGGAGAGUGAACGUAAUGAACUGGCUAUUGAAGUGAAGACUCUAGUACAGGGCAAGACUGAAUCAGAGCAUCGCAGGAAGAAGGUUGAAGCCCAGCUACAAGAGGUGCAGGUUAAGCAUGCAGAAAGCGAGCGAACACGAGCAGAGGUCACAGACAAGGUGGCCAAGUUACAGUCAGAGCUGGAAAACGUGAACAGCCUACUCGGCACAGUUGAGAGCAAGUCCAUCAAAGCUUCCAAGGACUGUUCUGCUGUUGAGUCUCAACUUCAGGACAUGAAGGAACUACUUCAGGAAGAGACACGGCAGAAACUUGCUCUUUCCACCCGGCUGCGUCAAAUGGAAGAUGAGCAGAACGGCCUAAAGGAGCAGCUGGAAGAAGAGGAGGAGAGCAAAAAGAAUAUGGAAAAGCAGCUCCUCUCCUUCCAGUCUCAGCUGGCAGAGAUGAAAAAGAAGAUGGAUCAUGAGAGCUCUUCCCUGGAAAGUGCUGAGGAAGGGAAGAGGAAGGUCCAGAGGGAACUGGAAAGGGUGACUCAACAGCUAGAGGAGAAGUGUGCUGGUUAUGACAAGUUGGAUAAAACCAAGAACCGACUGCAGCAAGAGCUUGAUGACCUACUGCUGAACCAAGAUAGCCUGAGGCAGGUAGUCCUGAACCUAGAGAAGAAGCAGAAGAAGUUUGACCAGAUGCUGGCUGAGGAGAAGUCGGUCUCGAGCCGUUAUGCAGAGGAACGAGACUCUGCUGAAGCUGAAGCCAGGGAAAAGGAGACCAGAGCUCUGGCUCUAAUUCGAGAGCUGGAGACCAUCAAGGAGCAGAAGGAUGAGCUGGAGCGAGCCAACAAGCUGCUGCGUGCUGAGAUGGAAGACCUGGUGUCUUCUAAAGAUGAUGUUGGCAAGAGUGUCCAUGACCUGGAGAAGUCCAAGCGAAUGAUGGAGCAGCAGAUGGAGGAAAUGAAGACCCAGUUGGAGGAGCUGGAAGAUGAGCUGCAGACCACAGAGGAUGCCAAGCUGCGGCUGGAGGUCAACAUGCAGGCUAUGAAGGCUCAAUACGAUAGAGACCUGCAAGGCAGGGAUGAGAUGGGUGAAGAGAAGAAGAGACAGCUUCUCAAACAGGUGAGGGAGAUGGAGAUGGAGCUGGAAGAUGAGCGGAAGCAGCGUGCCACAGCUGUGGCUGCCCGCAAGAAGCUGGAACUGGACCUGAGAGAUUUGGAAGCACAGGUUGACAUGGCCAGUAAGGGCCGGGAUGAUGCCCUCAAACAACUGAAGAAACUGCAGGCUCAGAUGAAAGAUGUGAUGCGGGAGCUAGAGGAAGCCCGUCUGUCUCGUGAGGAGAUUCUUGCCCAAGCUAAAGAGAAUGAGGGCAAGAUGAAGUCCAUGGAGGCUAAUGCAGCUCAACUGCAGGAGGAACUGGCAACAGCAGAAAGGUUGAGGAAACAUUCGCAGCAGGAAAAGGAUGAGCUGCAGGAUGAGCUCAACAGCCAUGCUUCUAAAGCUGCUCUUUUUGCUGAUGAGAAACGGAGGCUGGAGGCUCGCAUCUCUCAGCUUGAGGAGGAGUUGGAAGAGGAGCAGAGUAACAUGGAGCUCCUUAAUGACCGCCUCAAGAGAGCCUCACUGCAGGCUGAUCAGCUCACUGCAGAUCUGACUGCUGAGCGCAAUACAAACCAGCAGCUGGAGGGCCUGCGCUCGCAGCUGGAGCGUCAGAACAAGGACCUGAAGCAGAAGCUCCAGGAGCUGGAAGGGUCUGUCAAGAGCAAGUUCAAGGCCACCAUCACCUCCUUGGAGGCAAAGAUCACACAGUUGGAGGAACAGCUUGAUACAGAAACCCGAGAGAGGCAGCAGGCCUCCAAGAUGGUGCGACGUGUGGAGAAGAAGAUGAAGGAGGUGGCCCUACAGAUUGAGGAUGAGAGACGCAACACUGAGCAGUACAAGGAUCAGGCAGAUAAACUGAACGUUCGGAUGAAGCAGCUGAAGAGACAGCUCGAGGAGGCUGAGGAAGAGGCCACGCGUGCCAAUGCCUACCGCAGAAAACUGCAGCGGGAGCUGGAGGAUGCCACUGAGUCUGCUGAUGCCAUGAACCGUGAGGUCAGCACCCUGAAGAGCAAGCUCAGACGCGGUGAUGCCCCUUUCACAAUGCGGCGUGUCAACCGUUCGGGAGUGGAUAGUGACGAUGAUGGUGACGGGAAAACCGACGUCUCCGACCUGAAGUCUGAGUGACCACGUGUCCACAGCGUGCCAUUUUAGCACCAUGGGUGACUCUGUAUUGUAAACGCACACUGCCACUUCACAUGUAUGUGCAUAAGUGCACCUUAAUGGGCAACAGAUCUGGAAAAACCAUAAACACGUGUUGCCAUGGCCAACCCCCCCCCUCCACAUUUAAAUAUGGGAAAUAUUUUUGUAAAGCAAAACAUUUUUGUAAGGUUCAUGGUGUAUUCCAUCUUUUCUACUUGUGAAUUUAAAAAAGCACAGUAAGAGGACCAAUGCAGUCAAGAUUUUAUAAUGUAUGUAUGAAAGUGCCACUUAAUCGGUUUUUUUUUUUUUUUUGUUUAGAAAAUGAACUGUUAUGCACUUGCACAGCCUCUUGGCUUAAUGUUUUGAUACAAAUACUCUAAAGGGUCAAUAUUCCUCACAUUUGUAUUUACAUGAUGCUCCACUAGAAUAUUCCCCUUUCAGUGCCAGUUUGUUCCAGCUACAGCAUCAUUAAAGGUUUGGUACUCCGGUACCAAAUAACUUCUGGGCACAUUCUAGCAUAUCUUGUUCCACAAAACUUAUGCGCACCUGCUAAAGUGUUUAGAUGGGAGAAAUUUGUCUGCCUGCUCUUAAGGUAAUGGCAGGACACUUCAAUGUAACAUGCUGAUGCACAAGUAUGUGUUUUGUACUAUGAAGCCAUUUUCAGAUGUAAGGUUUUGGGGUCUUAAGUUCUAAUUGGAAACAUUUGUCUGAAAUGCUGUACUUCCAUCCAGCUGAAGCUCUUAGAGUGGUGGGGCAGUAGUAUUUUCUAGCCUGUACUUUCCAGAUGCCUGUUGGAUAACAUGGAACUUGCUAAACUGCAGAUUUGGCACAUUUCCUUUGCCUUUCAGCCAAUUAUACCUGCCUAUAGGGAAAAUGGAUCUGCUACUUUGGGAAUGAUACUCUGCAGUUGUAAUCUAGCUGUGGGAAAGUGUUCAUUAAACUGCUGGUAUUUUUGCUGUUUUAUAUUGAUGCAUGAUUUGAUAUAUUUACAAUAAAGGCAUUUCUC